AUGUCAACAUCAAAAGUGAACUGCAUCGUCUCCUGGAGAAUUUUUUCUGCGAGUGAGACCUCCAGGAUGCGGCGCUGCCUGGAAUGGGCCCGAAAGGCUCAUUCCACAAAACUUUUCGCCCGCACCUCCCGGGUCGCUCCAGCCACCGAGGACACAGAGUUCAGGGAGGAAGUGAUGAACAACGAGCGGUGUUUUGAUCACGAGCUCGAGCUCAGUGAGCUCUACGGAUCCCAGUCCCACGGCGAUCUGGUGGUAAGAGCCAACACUCCCUUGGCCUGGAGCUGCAACCUGACCAGGGUGGGGCAGGCAAUGCGGAUACUCUCCAUCCUGCUUCAGGUGAACAGAGCCUUAGAAAAUCAGGUGGCCGACUUGGCAAGGAGCGUGUUUGAGCACCACAUCUCCUCCGGCUCCCAGGCUAGGAAGACCGUCUUCAAGGAAGCCCUGGCCCUGCUGGCUUGUCACUACACUCGGGAGACAGUGCAGGUCUUCCUCGAGUACUCAAUACCUCUGAACGGGCAGAUCCUUGAGGUUUGGAAAUCUUUCGGGGCGGAUGCUUCCAUCGCCUCCCGCAUGCUGCGGGAACUGCUCCGUAGGGUGUUGGUACGACCCCUACCUGAGGAGAGCAACAGGACCGAAUGGGACAGGCACACCCGAGACUCCAUCGCGGCUGUGAACACGCUAUAUGAGCUUCUCUUUGCUGUGGAGUACUCGGUGGCUGUGGCUCAACUCCUCCCGAUCUUCCUGACCUUCAUCAUCCAAAUCCAGUAUGUCCUGGAGGUGGGCCUGGUUGGGGAGCGGGUGCUCUUGGCCGUGGAGCCCACCGUCCCCUCCGCCCUCAGUCCCUGGAGGGCGGCCCUGGAGGCCCUGAGGGGGCUUCUGUCCACCAGAGGAUGUUGGCAGAGCUUCAUAUCCAUGGAGUUGCAGGAUGGCUGGCACCUCUUCUCAUCCCUCAACACCUUCCAGACGGCCGUGACCCUUCUGGCCAGGACCCUGGUCCAGAGAAGGUGCCCGAUGGUGGCCGAACUCCUGCAAAUGGUGGCCAGCUUCUUGAAGGAGAAAGGCUCUCAGGGCCGGAGUGUAGCCAUGGGGCUGCUGGCCGAGUUGAUCUGGACCUUCGGCAUGAAGACUGUCCUGGAUCCCAAGGUCGUGCGGUUCCUCCUCCGGGACGGCCUAAAGGACCCCGACCCCGUGAUGCGGGCCAUCAGCCUACAGGCCCUCACCAGCCUGCCCCUCAACCACGACAAGCGCCCAGUGCUCCUUGCUCAGCUCCCCUUCCUCCUGGUGGGCAUCACCCGGAAGGACCAGGAGGGGCCCCUAGCGGCCAUGGACGCGGCGACUCUCACCGCCCGCAGCCUAGGUAGUAGGGGACUCGGCCACCUCCGUAAAGACAUCGUCCUAAUGCUGAACCCGUUCUUUGACGACGAGAGAUCCCAAGUGCGGGUGGCAGCCCUGGAGCUGCUGGCAGCCGUGGCCGGCGGCUGUGUGACAGAUCCCAAAUCCCAUCUCCGUCAGAGGCUGAUCCGCUGCCUCCUCCCCGUCCUCUUCCACCUGAAGAACGAGCACCCGACAAUGGCCAAAAAAGCCAGAUAUACAUUCUUCUGGCUGGCCCAGAAUAUCGGCUGGAGGCACUCCAGAGUCGUCGGGUGGAUGUUGAGGUGGGAAGGGAGGGCGAGCACGGCCUACAGUACCAUCUGGAUGGCCUCGAUGAAGAGCUUUGGGGACUUCCAUCCCAUUUUCUUGUCCCAAUCUCUGGCCUAUACCAACUGCAUCCAACCAGAUGUCAAAUUUGCGGCCCUUGUCUUCCUCGAAAUUGAAGCUCUGAAAAACGACUCCUCGACCAGCAUCCGCAGAUUCCUGAACACGUACGAACGGAGACUGAAAGAGAACGAUGAACUGUUCUUCUUCUGAGGGCCCCCACCCCGAGGGAGAAAAGAAACUUAGGAGUAGGAGGGCUUCAAGCUCUCCAUAGCAGGUGAUACCAGCUGUGGCCCAGCGAGGAGUGGAGCGGGGAUCGCAGUGGCUCAGGGAGUUCUGCACCCAAAUUGGAGGGUCGUAGCAGUGCACGUCCCAGCGCUAGUUCCAGCGCCACCCACUACUCCCGGCCCAGGAAGCGGCCCUAUGACAUGGUGACCAGAGGGGAGACACAGGAAGAUGGGCCGCCUAGAUAAAUGGUCAAGAGGCCUGGAAGGUGACAUCUGGAGCUGGUGAGGAUGACCAAGCUGGGUCGCUGGGCUUCCUUCGUAACAUGGUUUGUAAGGGGGUUCUGGUGUUACAGGUCAUCAGAUUUGGUCGGGCUCCCCCAGCCCGUGGCCAUGCCAAUGUGUGUGCCAGUGACCGUGCCACCGGCCCCUCCCCAGUCCAUAAAGCGACCCCAUUCCCCUGUGGCUCCUGAAAAGGGGGAGGAGGAUGGUCACCAUCAAUGAAAUGGAAGAGUAGCGACAUGGAGGGUCCUGCCACUGGUCAGGUGACGGCAGCCGGAGAAGAGGCCCACGGCAGCGGCGUCUGCCUCAUCAGCACCACCCAGAGCCACGCUACCCCGCACAGACACGGCCGACCCUACCCAGAUACAUCUCGCUGUAAUGAAACAGGAUAGGAAAUAGAGCUUACCCCCGGGGCCAGCGACGAUAUUGCCCAGUGAUUCCCCAAAGCAGACUGGCGGGGGGAGACCACGCUGGCCGGCCCAAUACCACCACCGGCCCGGUGGCACCAUCACCGUGCCACCCUCCCCUACACCAUCUCUGGGCACCCGGCAACGACCACAUACCACCCUGCUGACUCCUCCGCUGAACAGCCGACACCGUGAUCGUGCCACCCUUCUUGAUACCACUUCCAGGCUGCCAGCCCCAUCUUCGUGACUCCUCCCCGCCACCCACUUUGUGUCUCUGGCACCGUCAUCAUGUCAUCCUUCUCGACACCAAUUCCGGGCCACGGGACCAUCACGGUGUCACCCUCACUGACACCGCCUCUGGGUCACCGACAUUUCCACCGUGCCACCUUCUGUCGGUACCACUACCGGACUGCUGACAUUGUGAUCCUGCCAUCUUGUCAGAUACCUCCUCUGGGCAGCCGGUAAUGUCACUGUGUCAGCCUCAAUGACACCUCUGGGUCGCCGGAACAGUCAUCGUGCCAUCCUACCUGACACCACCUCUGGGUCACUGGCAUUGUCACCGUACCACCUUCCACCAUCACCACCGGCCUGACAUCUGUGGCACUAUCCCAGCUCCAGCCUCCCCAACGCCUCCCAGUCACCGUGCCUCCCUCCCUGACAGCGGCCCCAUCACUGUGCCACCGUGCCACCUUCCUUGACGCCUCCUCUGAGCAACCAAGAUCGUCAUAGUAUCACCCUUCUCGACACCACCUGAGGCUGUGGAUACUAUCAUCGAUACACCUUCCCUGCAUCGAUGCAUUGAUACUUCGAUACACAGCUCCUCUGGGACCCCGGCACCAUCAUCGUUCCACCUUCCCUGCAUUGCCCCUGGGUCACUGGCAAUGUCAUCAUGACACCCACCCCUGACACUAUCACCAGGCCAUUGACACUGUCAUCGUGCCACCUUCCCUGAAACCUUUUAUAGUCAGCCGGGCCUGUCAACAACGAUCCUCCCUGACAACUCCUCGGAGCCACGGACAAAGUCAAUCGGUAACCUUUCCACACAUGUCCUCUGGGCCGCUGUCACUGUCAUCGUGCCACUCUACCCGACACCUCAUGUGCAGCCGACAUCCUCAUAGUGUCACCUUUCUCGACACCACCUCUGGGCCACCGGCACUGUCAUUGUGAUACCAUCUGGGAAAGAAGGUACCAUCAUUGUGUCACCCUCCCUGAUCCCUCCUCUGGGCAACUGGCAUCGUCAUUGUGCCAUUCUUCUAGCCACUACCUCCAGGCCACCAGCACUGUCAUUGCGCCACUUUCCCUGACAGCUCCUAUGGGCCACCGACACCAUCAUGGUGCCACCCUGACGGACACCUCCUAUAGGCAGUUGGCACAGUCACUGUGCCCCCCUACAUGAAGCUUCUGGGCCAUUGGCACAGUCAUUUUGCCACCCUUCUUGAAACAACUUCCGGGCCGUUGGCAUUGUUAUCGUGCCAACCUCUCUGACACCACCUCUGGGUCACCAUGCCACCCUUCGCUGACACCACAACCAGGCUACUAGCACUGUCAUCGUACCUGCCCCCCCCCACCGACAACUCCUCAGGGCAGCUGGCCCUGUCACGGUGCCACCUUCCUGAUGCCUCCUCCAGGUUACUGGUACAGUCUCCAUGUUACCCUCCCUGACACUCCUCUGGGUUGCCCCAAGAUUCAGCAAACCAGCCGCCUCAAUGCCUCUUCUGGGCCAGCUGGGCCACCUGCUAUGACACCUCCACUAGGCCACCGCAUCCUGUCAUCCCAACUCCUCAGCCCUGUCACCUCUGCCUCCCACACCGACACCACUGGGCCUCUAGCUCCACUGGCCUUACCUCCUCUGCUGGGACACCACACGAGCCGCCUGGGCAUCUCAGCUGGGCCAACACACCAGCCGACCUGACACCUCCUCCUGGGCCACUGCUGUCAAUCAAACCCGACACCUCCAGGGCCACCAACACCACCACUGGGCCACCAGAACAGCAAUCCUGACCCUUCCUGCUGAGCCACUACCGCCUCCCACCCUGACUCCUCUGGGCCACCGCACCUGCCACCCCAAAACCUCAGGUGGGCCACCACUGCUACCCACCUGGACACCACAGGCCGGCCUCCACACCAGCCGACGAACAUUUCCGCUGGGCCAGUGGUGCCAUCUGAUCCCACACUCCUGACAGACUACCGCGUCCACCCCCCGGACACCUCUUCUGGGCCACUGCACCGACAGCCAUGAUGCUUCCACUGGGUCACCCCCACCAUCUGCCCUGACACCUCCGCUGGGUUACCACCAUCACCCAUCCUGACAUCUCCACCAGGAAAACAACAUCUGCCCUGCCAACACCUCUGCCAGGCCACUGCACAAGCCACCCCAAGACCCUGAAUUUGGCAUUGAGUUUGGCCGAUUCAGAAGGGUCCAGUGAUUUUCACAGUUGUAAUAACUACCCGACAAACCACAGGUCAUCUGUCACCUUUUCUCAUCUCACCAUCUCCUCUUGAAUGUCCAGGUUUAGUCAUGGAUGCCUAUUACAGAGAAAAACU